UCCAGGCCCCGCCCGCCGCUCUCUGGCCCGGGCGGCCCCUUUAAGGGCAGCCGGGCCGCGAGGGCCCCCUUGCUGGAGGGACGCGCGGGCGCCCCAGCGGACACCGUUUGGGCAGAGAGGGUCCCCGGGCGGGGGAUGGGCGCUCCCGGGAGGCGGUCCCGACUGAGCAUGCUCAGUCGAGGGUCCGACUGCGGCGCGGACUGAAGGUGCACGCCAGCGCCCAGCGGAGGGAGAGAGAAGCCAGGAGUCUCCCCCCCAAGACACCAUGGAAAAGUACCAGAUUUUGGACCGGCUGACUCCGGGGGCCUUGGGGACGAACCUGGUGGUGGUGGAGACGCAAACCAAAGAAAAGCAUGUGAUAAAGCAGGUGGAGUGCAUCGAUGAGCAUCAGGCCACCAAAGCCCUGGAGGAGCUGAUGCCGCUGUUGAAGCUCCAGCACGUCCACAUCUCCGUCUACCGGGAGCUGUUCAUCCUGUGGAACAGUGAGGUCUCCUCUCUCUUCCUGUGCCUGGUGAUGGAGCACAGCAAGGACACCCUCCAGAACGUCAUUGAGAAGAAGAGGGCGGCCAGGGCAGCCCUGGAAUCCCAGUGGGUGCAGAACAUUCUGGGCCAGGUGCUGGACGCGCUGGAAUACCUACACCAGCAGGACAUCAUCCACAGGAACCUCAAGCCCUCCAACAUCUCCCUGGUCAGCCACGACCACUGCAAACUGCAGGACCUGAGCUCCGACGCGCUAAUGACCGACAAGGCCAAGUGGAACAUCCGUGCGGAGGAAGACCCCCUUCAGAAGUCCUGGAUGGCCCCCGAGACCCUCAACUUCUCCUUCAGCCAGAAGUCGGACGUCUGGUCCCUGGGCUGCAUCAUUGUCGACAUGGCCAGCUGCUCCUUCAUGGACACGAGGGAAGCCAUGCGUCUGCGAAAGUCCAUCCGGAGUUUCCCCGACGGCCUGAGGGGUGUCCUGAAGACCAUAGGGGAGAGGAAGAUCCCUGAUGCAAAAAUCUUCAGUUCCCUUUUGCCUCUGAUGCUCCAGACAGACCCCUCGGAGCGAAUAACCGUCAGGGACGUGAUUCACAUCACCUUCGUCAGCAACAACUUCAGGUCCUCCAGCGUGGCCAUGACGCUGUACCAGCAGGCAGUACCCACCUCCAUCAUCGACAUGCUGCUCGAAAGCAGUGUCGCCAGCAUCCUGGAGGUCAUGCAGAACUUCUCCAGCCGACCCGAAGUGCAGCACAGGGCCAUGAAGAGGCUGCUGAGGUUGCCGGAAGACCAGCUAGGUCUGCCGUGGCCAGCGGAGCUGGUAGAGGUGCUGGUUGCCAUCAUGAAGCGACACGAGAGCGUCCUGGAAAUCCAGCUGCACGCCUGCUCCCUGCUGCUGCGCACCCUGGGCCAAGCACUGGCACAGGACCCGGCGGCCACAGUGCCCAGCGACAGCGCCGUCACCCCCGUGCUGCUGGGCGUCCUGCGCAGCCACCCCGAGGAGCAGCAGCUCCUGGUCAUGGUGUACAGUCUGCUCUGCAUUGUCGCCAGCCAGGACCUGGCCACAGACGAGCUGCACAAGGCCGGGCUGUUGGAGCAGAUCCUGGAGCACCUGGACACCUUCCCCAGGAACAGGGACCUUUGCAUCAACGGCCUGAUCCUGCUCUGGGCCCUGCUGGUGGACGCUGUUGCCGUGGACAAGGGCCCCUUGGAGAAGGCCCCGGCUCUCAUCGCUGAGGUGCUGGCCAUACACCCCACGGACGCAGAGAUGGCUGAGGCUGGCUGUGCGGCCCUGUGGUUGCUGUCCCUGCUGGGCUGCGUAAAGGAGCAGCAGCUGGAGAAGGUGGUGGUGCUGUUCCUGCAGAGCAUCCGGCUGUGCCAGGACCGAGUGCUGCUGGUGACCAGUGCCUACAGGGGGCUGGCCAGCCUCGCAAAGGCGUCCGAGCUGGCGGCGCUGCAGGUGGUGACACCCGAGGAGAGCAGCAACGGCCUCGCCCUCAUCCAGGAGACCUACCAGCUCCACAGGGACGACCCGGAGGUGGUGGAGAGCCUGUGCAUGCUGCUGGCCCAGCUGGCCUCCCACAAGGAGGUCCUGUCGGAGCUGGCGGCCAGCGGCGUCCAGCCCCUGGUGGAGGAGAUCCACGGGCGCUUCACCUCCAGCCUGGAGCUGGUUUCUUAUGCAGAGAGUGUGCUCCAGAGGCUGGCGGCGGCCCCACAGCCCUGCCCCGAGGGAGACCCGCAGGCUUUGUCCCGGCCCAGGCCUCCCUCUCCUUCCUCCCGCAGCCUGGCCGGGCUGGGACACGUGGCAGCAGUGGGACACGGGGGUCCUCUCAGCCACUGAGCCUCCACGCGCUCCAGCUCAAGUAAAGCCUGUGUUCAUGUCA